GUCCUGGCCUGUGCUGAGAGCCAACGAAUGCUCCCUGUUACAUCCAGUGUCCUCUAUAGACCCUGUUGUUCCCGGCUGCCGUUACCGAGGUUCACUGGGGUAUCAGCUAUGCUAACGGAUAAGGAUAAGGACAUUUUUGAGGAGACGAAACGUCUAGUGAGGGCUCUAGGGGGAAGAGCGUAUACUACGGCAGAGGUUCGUAAUUCGAAUCCAGGAAUCAGAAUAUCGCAUGUUAUUUGUUAUGAUAGUGCGCAAGUGACGACUCGACAGAAUCUCAUCAAUUGGGCGAAGAAGUGUAAGGCUAUUAUCGUUUUCACGGAGUGGCUUUAUGCAUGCCUCAGGCAAGGGGAAAGAGUUUCUGAACAACCCUUUACACUGGUGCUCCAACAGGAGCCGAAGCGGAAAUCUCUCGGGGGGUCGGAGAUUCUACCACUCCGGGGAUUCACGGUGUAUAUCGAGGGCGAAGCUGAAGAUGUGUCGGAGUUGGACGCUCUUAUCGACUCCACUGGAGCUGCUCGGUCGAUUGGCUGGCCCGGUCAUCGCGUGCCGAUGGAUUGCCUACAGACUAGGGUGGCUGUGCUUUUGGGCGAUUUGAAACGCUCCUCUGUUGCUCAAGCGGGAUGCAGAUGUCCUCAAGUUCGUUCAGAAUGGUUGAGAGAAUGCCGGCAACAGGGCCGUGCUGUAGCCCCUGAAGCCUUCCCAGCUGACUUCACUCUGUCGAGUCCUCGCAAGUCGAUGGCACCGAGGAAGUCUGAAGGCUCUUGUGAAGGUGUGACGUGGGACAACAACACUAGGGGUAAACUGGAUAAGGCGGCAGCAGCAGCGAAGAGAAGUGGAAUUGAUGCUUCUUCUAAUGGUGGAUGAUAUUCGUCG